AUGUCCUCCUCUCCAAAUUCUGUCCCCGAGACUCCGCGAGUCAUAUCUCCCUCGCCCUCGCUAUCCGAAAGAACCGAGGCACGUGAUGGUUAUUUUGCGCCGACAACGAGGUCAGCAUCGCGACGACAGAACUUGUCUGGGGCCACAGAGGAAGUUUCUGGUCCAGAAAGGUCGAAUAGCCCGCCUGGUUGGACGCCCUCGACGUCGCGCAACCGUCGACCAAAACGGCGGUCCAACCCAAAGAUGCCAGCCUCGCCCCCGGCCAACGGCAAAUCCUCGAACGGCUUCCUUUCGCCAAACCUUCCAGACGCUUUGCACGAUAUUUCACGCUCCCCAUCGCCCCUCGGCCUAAUUCCCUUACACACGCGGUAUCGCAGUUUCAUUCACCGCCAUGAAAUUCCUCGAAAGCUCCUGCACGUCUCGAUCGGUUUUGUGACACUCCACCUCUACAGCCGCGGUGUUCAAACAACACAAAUCACACCAGUGCUCUUCUCUGCGCUUGUUCCUAUUGCAGCCACGGACAUCUUGCGCCACCGCUCGGAGAAGGUCAACAAGCUUUAUAUUCGGUGCAUGGGUGCGCUUAUGCGAGAGACCGAGGUCUCUGGAUACAAUGGUGUAAUCUGGUAUCUUCUCGGCGCGUACGUCGUCCUGCGGUUCUUCCCUAAGGACGUCGGGGUCAUGGGUGUGCUUCUUCUGAGCUGGUGUGAUACCGCUGCAUCCACAUUUGGCCGUCUCUAUGGCCGCUACACACCGCAUCUGCGGCCAGGAAAGAGUCUGGCUGGGACCACGGCCGCUUGGUUUGUUAGUGUCGUCACGGCGGCAGCAUUCUGGGGCUGGUUUGUUCCCUAUUUCGGUAGCUUCCCGAACGAUCCCCAGGAUGCGUUCAUGUUUACCGGCCGCUUGAACUUGCUCCCAGACUGUGUCCGGGGCCUUUUGGGGUGGGAAACUGGUGUCACUUCCACUACAAUCACUGGUCCCCUGGCCCUGGGAGUGAUGAGCGUUGUCUCCGGCAUUGUGGCCGCCGGCAGCGAGUUCAUCGACCUGUGGGGUUGGGAUGAUAACCUGACGAUUCCUGUCCUCAGUGGACUCGGUCUCUGGGGUUUCCUGAAAGUUUUCGGCUAA